AUGCUUAAAGAGGAUCCGAAAUUAAGAAUUAAUGAAGAUUAAAUUAUAUGUAGAUUAGAUGAAGUACUUAUGUUUCAUUCAUAAAAAACUCUCAAAUUUUAAGAAAGUGCAAUUUUAAUGUCUGUUAAUUCAUCAAAAAUAAAACUAGAUUUAAAUGAAGAAUUAAAACAAUCUUAAUUAAGUUACAAUUACAAAGAACGUCCAUCUGAAAAUUAAAAAUGUGAUAAAGAAAAAAAAUUAAGUAAACAUACAGCUAAUAAUUCACCUUAAACUAAUCAUCAAAAUCGUUAAAAUAAGGAGAAUAUUGAAUUAGAAUUUAUAACAAAAAAGGAAAAAAGAACAAAUAAUUACAGUUUUAGUGCUUGCUCUAGUAGAUCUCAUAUUAGAGGAAUGUCAAUUAAACCAGCAAAGAAGUAAGUUUAUUAAGAUAAACAUACAUCAAUUAAAUAACGAUGGAAAUGA